GGACACAAAUGGAAAGGGAGGGGCAAAAAAGUAAAGGCUUUAUAUUUCCUCUUCAGGGACACAGCUCCAAUCUCUUCUGCCACUUCACCACUGCAAAGCAGCAAAGGUUUGCACGAAAUGGAUUCCCUCAGCAACGCAAAUGUUGAAUUUUGCCUUGAUGUGUUCAAAGAGCUGAGCAGUAACCACGGGGGAGAUAACGUCUUCUUUUCUCCACUGAGUCUGCUUUACGCUCUAAGUAUGAUCCUCCUUGGAGCCAGAGGAAACAGUGCAGAGCAGAUGGAAAAGGUGCUUCACUUUAAUCACAUUGCAGAGUCAUUAGGACCAGAGUUCAAGGACUCAGCUAAGUGCAGUCAAAUUGGAAGGAUUCAUUCACAGUUUGGAGUCCUGUUCUCUCAAAUCAACCAGCCAGACUCUAACUAUACCCUCAGCAUUGCCAACAGACUCUACGGGACAAAGGCAAUGGCAUUUCACAAGCAAUACUUAAACUGUUCUGAGAAACUGUAUCAAGCCAGCCUGCAAACUGUUGAUUUUGAAUGGUCUGCGGAAGAAACGAGGAAAACUAUUAACGCUUGGGUUGAAAGUAAAACUAAUGGAAAAGUCACUAACCUCUUUGGAAAGGGCACAAUUGACUCUUCUUGUGUCAUGGUCCUGGUGAAUGCCAUUUAUUUCAAAGGACAAUGGCAAAAUAAAUUUCAGGAAAAAGAGACGGUUAAAACCCCCUUUCAGCUAAGUAAGGGUAAAAGUGUAAUUGUAGAAAUGAUGUGUCAAACUGGAAAGUUUAAAUUGGCCACCAUCAAGGAGCCACAGAUGCAAGUUCUUGAGCUGCCCUAUGUUAACCACGAACUAAGCAUGAUUAUUCUGCUUCCAGUGGGCACGAAUGAUCUAGACCAGGUAGAAAGGCAGCUGAACUCCAAGACAUUUCAGGAGUGGACCAGCCCGUCGAACAUGGUGGAAAGGGACGUGGAAGUGCAUCUCCCUCGAUUCAAACUGGAAAUCAAGUAUGAGCUAAAUUCCCUGUUAAAAUCCUUGGGGAUGACAGACAUCUUCAACUGGGUCAAAGCUGAUCUUUCUGGAAUGUCAUCGGCCAAGGGCCUCUAUGUAUCAAAGGUCAUACACAAGUCCUAUGUGGAUGUCAAUGAGGAAGGCACGGAGGCAGCUGCAGCCACGGGGGACAUCCUGGUGGUAAAAAGACUUCCCAUCCGAGCUCAGUUUGUGGCAAACCACCCCUUCCUGUUCUUCAUAAGGCACAUUCACACCAACACCCUUCUUUUCUGUGGCAAGCUCACCUCACCCUGAGCAAAUGGGGUUGAGCAAGACUUGGGGUCACAGAGGAGGUCAAACCUGUGACUAAAAGCAGUUCAUAACUCUCCCACCUGUGUACCUCAGUUUGCUCCUCUGCAAAAUGGGUCUUGGAUCCCUCCCACCUUACUCCAUGACUUGGUGAACCCUAAGCAUGUGGUAACCAAGGAAGAAGGCAUAUCUACAAAAAGCCUCUCUGACUCUAUUAUCUUUGGGGCCUUAUUUAGGUGCUGUCUGGGGGACAUGAUCAAGUCAAGGGGAAAAAUCUGAAACAAUUCGAUUGUCUUGACUUGUUUAUAUCAGUGAGCUCUUGAAUAAGUGACCACUUUACCUUCUGAAAACCAAUUUAAGGGUUUCAACUUUGAAUGGAUUUUAAAAGCUGUUAUUUUCCUUGAAUGUGUAAAUAUAACUCUGUGAAUUCUAUAUAGACUAUAAUAAAUACAUGAAAUGCCUUCA